GGCGUAAGGACGUACCUGACUUCCGGGUUGUCGCUUGACGCAAUCAGCUGAAAGUGUAAGCUCGGGACUUGAUGAGUUUUCUGCGCGAAAGGAUCGGAGCCAGCGGGCGCAUUUCGUCUCUACACCUACGUGCGAGGUUUUGUUGGAUGAAACGGUUAAGCCUAUCCUGAGUCCACUCUUGUUCCAUGAAUUCAGGACAGCAUGGCCAGCGCCUCUCCUCCUCAACCUCAGCCUCAGUCAUCGGGCUCUUCAGCUACAGACGGCACAGGGACCGGCUCCGGUACCCAAACACAGGGAGAGACCGGCAGCCAGGACAGCACGUUCGAGUGUAACAUCUGCUUGGACACGUCCAAGGACGCCGUGAUAAGCUUAUGCGGCCAUCUGUUUUGCUGGCCAUGCCUGCAUCAGUGGUUGGAAACCAGGCCGAACAGACAGGUGUGUCCGGUAUGUAAAGCAGGCAUCAGCAGAGAUAAAGUGAUUCCGCUGUAUGGGCGAGGCAGCACGGGUCAGCAGGACCCCAGAGAGAGAACUCCACCCAGACCACAAGGCCAGAGACCCGAGCCUGAAAACCGUGGCGGGUUUCAAGGAUUUGGUUUUGGAGAUGGUGGCUUCCAGAUGUCCUUCGGUAUCGGAGCGUUUCCUUUUGGGAUCUUUGCCACAGCAUUCAACAUCAAUGAUGGAAGACCACCUCCAGCAGCUCCCGGAACGCCACAGCACAUAGACGAGCAGUUCCUGUCCCGCCUCUUCCUGUUUGUGGCGCUCGUCAUCAUGUUUUGGCUUCUCAUCGCGUAAACGGUUAGGAACUCGUCAGGACGUGAAAACGGUUCCUUCUUUAUGGAACUGAUGGUUAAGCCACAGACAUUGAUUACUAAAGUUUCACUAAUGGAAACGUUUCUUUUUUUUCCCCCCAUGACACCGUUGGACUUGCAUCUGGUUUUAAAUGGUGGUUUUUAUGGCGUAAAGGCAUGCGUUAUGACAUGACUGCGUGUCUUGCGGUGUUUUGAUACUGUAAAGGUCAUUUCUUGGAAUGUUGUUCAGCCCUUGUUGACUUGCUCAGAUGUGUACAUUUAAAUAAAAAUCAGAGUCUUAUUUCUCUUAA